AUGAGUGCGGAUACCUUUGCACUGGGCGCUGCUCCAUAUCUCACCGAGUUUAGCAUGAGCGUAGAGCCGCCGAGGUUCUACCUGGAUGGCGCAUUGUCAAGCCCCGAGCCUGGUCUGAGUUCGUGCGCUGGACAGGUCACUUCGGCGAGCCUGUCUGAUCACGAGGAAGAUCUUCGUUCGAACAAGAGGCGCAGAGUAACAGCACCAAGCCACAGAGACGUGUCUGAGCCUUCAACUCCCAGGUCUGGACAUGUUCGCAAUGCUUUCGCUGCUCUCCGCCAAGGUCUUCAGGACCUCCAGCAAGAAUUCGACAGCCAAGAGCGAGGACUAGACGGGCUGAGGUUCGAGCUCGAAGACACCAGGACGGAAAUUCGUUCAUUGAAAGACGAGCUGCUUACCACGCGAAAAGAGCUCAAGCUCUAUAAGCUUAACACUGCGUCUAAGCUCGGCGAGCAGGAGCUGCAGCUGAUCGCGCUCGAUAAGUGCAAGCAAGACGCUAGAGUAGCGAUCAGGUUGACGAGCACGUACCGCGAGCUGCUGGUGCACGAGAGGGCCGAGUCAGUACGACUUAGGAUGGAGUUGAAGGCGAAAGACGUGCUGCCCGUGGAGCACGCUCAGAAGCUACCAGCUGCUUCAACAACUCAGAAGUCUGCUAUCAAAGAUGGGGAGCUGCCGAAAGUGAACCUGAUACGUGCCAUGCACGAUACUCAGCGCCAAGGGGACGAGAAGGUGCUCAGCGCCAGUUUCAAUGCGGAUACCAAACGCCAAACGAACUUUGCUGCAGGCCGGAGCGACUCACUGCAUGGUGGGGACGGUUUCAUGGAGAUUGCACGACCCACUGGUUGCGGUAAUACUUUCUAG